UCCUGACUCUGAAAUUUUGGCGGGAAAGAAGAGGAAGGAGAACCCCUUGUUAACAUCGCAGUGUUUUAGUUAAUGCAGCGUUUCCUGAAGCGUUUAUUCGGCAAAUAAUUCCACAAUAAACAAAGGGAGCAAUGGAGAAUAGCCAGAAAACCUGUGAUGAUUUAUUUACCCCUCCACCCAAGGGAAUGGCACAAAAACGCAUACGAAUGCAACAAAGCCAACACUUCUUGCAGCCCGAGAGCGAGGAGCAAGACCCAGGGUUGCCAGCGCCCUUCCUGCGAUCGCCGAAGGAGAAUGGCGACGUGGCGGCGCGCUGCACACCAAGGACGACUCGAAGGAUGAAGCCGCCGCCGCUGCUGACACUGAUGCUGACCCUGCACGCCUUCCCAGCGGCUCUGGAGGGCGGCAUCGCGUCAGCUUCCCCGAGAGAUAUGCCGCUGUGGUGAAGCAAGUACACGAAGAUCUGGACGCGACCUUCCAAGAGCAGUACGAUAACCUGUGUCAGCUGCAGCAGGAGGAGGACGCCGUGAUGGAGCGCAUGGAGAAGCUGAAGGCGGAGGCUCAUGCUGCCAACGACGGCAUCGAGCAGCAGGUCGGGCUCUGCGGUUCUGAU